CACGGCACACCAGAGUCCAGAGCCGCAGCCGCCUCUGUUGCCUGGUGCGGCGGCGCAGCUCCCCACAAUCCUCCGCCCGCCGGCCGCGGAGAUGGAGCUGCUGUGUCCCAGUGCCAAGAGGAGGAGAUCCGAGGACCUCGCAGCCGAUGAGCCCCAGCCGCGGGCAACGGAAGCCACGGAGGCGGCCAAUCUUGGACCUGCAACCCAGAGCGAAGAGCCGCCACCGCCGCCGCCGUCAGAAGCUGCUGCUGGUGGUGGCGGCGGCGGCGGCGAAGACGACGUCGACCGCAUCAGCGGCCUCCCCGACGCCGUCCUCGGUGAGAUAGUUUCACUUCUCUCCACCAAGGAAGCUGCUCGUACCCAAAUCCUCGCCUCCCGGUGGCGCCACGUCUGGCUCGCCUCCCCUCUCGUCCUCGACGGCACAGACCUCUCCACCGAGCCCAUGGCCUACCGCCGCGACGAUAAGAAGUUUGACGCUGACAAGGAGGCCCUCGCCAGCGCUGUCUCCCGCAUCCUCUCCGCGCACCGGGGCCCCGCCCGCCGCUUCUGCGUCCCGCCUCACUUUCUCCAGGACCGUCCCGCCACCGUGGACGCCUGGCUCAGCUCCCCGGCGCUUCACAACCUCCAGGAGCUUGAUUUCUGGGAACGGAAUGAUAUGAAAUAUUUGUAUAUGCAACCGUCUCCGUUGGCAUCGCUACCUGCCUCUACUUUCCGGUUCUCGGCUACCCUCCGAGUUGCUACCUUCGGCAAAUGCGAGCUCCUGGAUAGCUCCGUGGAAGGGAUUCACUUUCCCCAUCUCAAGCAGCUUGGCCUUGAAGAUGUCAGCAUCUCGGAGGGCUCACUGAAUACCAUCAUUUCCAGGUGCCCUGUCCUGGAGUGCCUGUUACUUAAACACAUCUUUGGGUUUGGCUGCCUCCGGAUUAGUUCUAAUAGCCUCAAAAGCAUCGGCGUGGGCGCUGAUCGUCGAAGGGACAAUCUCCAGUUCUUACAGGAAGUUAUAAUUGUCGAUGCCCCUUGUCUUGAAAGAUUUCUCUAUCUUGGCAAACCAAUGACUUUAACUGUAAUCUCUGCACCUAAACUGGAGACCUUAGGCUGUCUUGAUGAUGAAUGGUUUCUUCAUCGCAGGCUUGUAUAUGACACCACAUCUAUUCAGGGAUUAAAAGUUGUAAGCAUGACAACGGCAUUGAGCAAUGUCAAGACUCUAGCCAUCGCAUCAGAGUUUGUUAAUCUUGAUACGGUCAUUGAGUUGAUGAAAUGCUUUCCUUGUUUGGAGAAGUUGUACGUAAAGUCUCGAAUUUCAGGGAGAUUGAAUCGAUGGCGUCGUAAAUACAAGGAUUUCAUUAAAAGUUUUGAUAUCCCUCUCAAGACAAUAGUGUUGAAGCAGUAUCGAGGCAUCAGAUCACAAGUCAAUUUUGCCUCAUUCUUUCUACUGAAUGCAAGAGAGUUAGAGUCAAUGAGACUCGAAGUUGGAGCCAGUGACUGCAAUGAGGCUUUUUUUGCAGAACAAUAUGCGAUGCUUCAGAUGGAGAAAAGGGCAUCGAGAGGUGCACGGUUACAUUUUAUAAAAAAAUUAUGUACCCAUCCUAUGUAUGUUGAUCAUGUCCGUGAGUUGUCUGUAGCAGACCCCUUCGAAUGUAGAUGUUAGAAUUGCUCUAGGUCGUUCGCCCUGGGUUGGCCACUCUCAUUUUGUAUUUGUCGGAACAACCAUUUCUCAUUAUUGUAGUGUUUUGAUUAUCUGUUAACUAGAAGUUUGGGAUAUUUAAACAAAAUAUGCUCGUUCUUAGUUUA